AUAAGAUCAAAGAAGAGAAUUGACUAGAAUUGCGUAAGAGAAAAAUAUGGGUAUAAAAGGAAAGGUAGUUCGUGAAGUGGAUAUCAAAUGCGGUGGAAAUUUCAUCCAUGAAUUCUUCACCCACAAACCACACGAAAUGGCCGUCAUUGCCCCUGAUAUAAUUCGCAGUUGCAAUCUAGUUUUUGGUCAAUGGGGUGCUUCUGGAUCUGUCGUUUCCUGGCAGUUCAUCCAUGAUGGAAAAGUUGCUAGUACAAAAGAAAUGAUUGAAGUAGGUGACAACAAAAUCGUGUUCAAGGUGAUUGAAGGAGAUGCAUUGAAGGCGUAUAAUGCGUUAAGCUUCAGUAUUCAUGUGAAAGAGAUAGGAGGGAAGCAAUUCGGUGUUUGGAGUGUGGAAUUCCAGAAGGUGAAUGCAACCAUUCCUGAUCCAACUUCAUAUCUGGACAUGCUUUGUGGUUUCACCAAAGAUAUGAAUGCUUAUGUCCUUAAGCAGACAACUGCAUGAUAAUAAUAUUUAAAUAAUGGUAAACAAGAAGUGAUUGUGUAAUAAAUAGUCGACCAUAGAUAAUGCCAGCUUGUCAAGAUGUAUUUGUUUCAGUUAAUAAUAAUGUGUGAUUUAAGAACAUC